UCCCAGGGGAGCGACAGAGAGUCCGGGAGAUAAACUUUUGAGACGGCGUCAUAACUGUACACUCUGUCUCAGGACCCUAACGACGUGCAGUUGGGACUACAUGGAGGCUGGACUGCUAUUCUUUCACACGUUUCGGGGUGUUUUUUCCCGUUUACUUGAUUGUAAUUUUGAUGAGCGAUUCAUUUUCCCCUGCGUGCUCUCAGGAGGGUCGGCUCUAAUUUCUCAAUGUGCUGCGGAGGCUCUCUGAAGUCGGGGGCGACGGGGAAAGCCUGCCUCUUUUUCGUUUAAUUAAGGAGCGACUGCAGAACGUCAGUUAAUGGCAGGUUUACAGAAGCCGCUUCGGCGUCUGAGCCAGUUUAGUUACAAAGUUAUAAGCUCAGCAAGAAAACUGUCCGUUUGUUCCGGUUAAUAAUUAGAUAGAACCGAGAACACAGCCGAGCAGCUUCUUCGUGGAUUGCUUUUUCACAAUUCCCCGGCUGUAAAACACAUUGCACAACUUUUCGGCUCCGGGUUUUGUCCGCCAGCAUGGCUCCCAACUCUCCGGCGGCAACCUGUAUCCCAGCCUUUGAAGUUCAAGCCGCGACUCUCGAGCGUUUUCGGUGGAUUUAUCCAGAAAAUGCGGCGCCCACGGGACGGGCUCGCUUCUUCUGACACUUUCACCCAGCUCGUGUUUGCUCACACAAUGUGACUGAAAGACGCGGCGGAAUUACGUCUUACUGCAAUAUAAAGCACAAGUCGGAUAUAUGACCGGGAUUUGAGCCCGUGGAGAGGGAUAACUACGCCAGUUCAUCUCUGAGGAAAGCAACCUGCGAGCGAGGAGAUCUGAGUUUUUGGUGUGAUGCAGAGCGGCGUUUUUGGAAAUCAGUGCACGCUUCAGGUUCCUUCAUGCUGCAUUGGAGUUUCCACCUCUCACUUUAAUAAACACUGGAUGCAGGUUCAUUUAGGCCUGCUUACAUCGGCUCUAGAUUCUCUACCAUAACCUGCAGUGUUUCAUAUAUAUAUAUAUAUGUAUUUUAACUCAGAUGCUGAAUGGAAGUUUAAGGAGUUCUAAUGGAAGCCCUUCAUCAUUAACAGUUUGGAUUAUAGCUCAUUUCUUCAGCAGAUAGUUUACUGAGGUAGGAAAAAAUAAAUAAAGAAGAAGUGGGACCUGUUCAUAUAGGCUAGGUUGAUAUUUCUGACAAAGUCCACCAUGUGCGGCCGGGCACCGCCGCUCCAGCCGAGGCCAUGACCGUCCCUCUGCGGCGCCUCGCCGGGCUCUGGCCGUGGCUGCUCAUGGCGGCCCUGCAGGUGGUGCUGGGCCAGCCGAGCAUGGAAUCGGGACUCCGAGCGGUCAUCAACGUGACUCUGGUGAAGGAUCCCACGGGGAAGCCCAUCGUUCUGAAAGGGGAGUUCGUGGGAGGAAGUGCAGGCAAUGCGCAAGGGAAGCUGAAGCAGUAUCACCCUGUGUCUCUAUGCAACACAAGCGAGGAUGAACGACAAGACAGCGGCUUCAUCACCAUCGUCAAGCUGGAGCAAUUAGGUCCCCACUGCUCGCCGCUGCUGGAUAAGGCUCGCAUAGCGUUGGAAAGGGGAGCCCAAGCUGUUAUCUUCGACGUCAGCGACGUUGCCAUCGCAGAUGCCGAGCUGAAGAACACAGACUCCCUCCCCCAUCCAGUGGUGCUGAUUAAGGGAGCGGACGCUAAGAAGCUGAUGAAUCUGGUCAACCACAAUGAGGAGGCCACAGUUGUUAUUGAGGCCAAGGUGGAGCCCAAAUGGCCGCAUUAUGAUGUGAGCAUCCUGCUUACCAUCGUCCUGGUUAUCCUCACCAUCGUGCUGAUCUUUGCUUUCCGCUACAAGUGCAAGUCCAACAGAACUUGGGACUCCGUCCAUCAGCAGACAGUGCGGGCCAUCAGUCGGCUGGAGACCAGAAUCUACCGCUCCCAGACCUGCUCCGGCUCACAGCGCCACCGUGGGGCGUGGGGCUCGGCCAGCAGCUCUAACUCGAGCCCCGUCUGCGCCAUUUGCCUGGAGGAGUUUCAGGACGGCCAGAAUGUGAGGAUCAUCUCUUGUGCUCAUGAGUUCCACAGAGACUGUGUGGAUCCCUGGCUGAUGCAGCACCGCACCUGUCCUCUCUGCAUGCACAACAUCAUGGGAACGGAGCGUCAGCCUCAGAGAAACAGAAACCAGCAGAGUUCAGAGCAGAGCCAGAGCUUCUUGCACCCGCAGCAGUACAGCAACCCUCACAGCCACCCGUUCCCCCAGCACGCCAUCCCCUUCUCCAUGAGGCCCCACUACCCCCGUGGUCCCUCCGGACCCUACCCCAACCUGGGCCACUACAGCGGCUCGUCUCCUAUGGACGCUCAGACCCUCCACUUCCUCAGCAGUCGGCAGCUGGGUGCCGGCUGCGGGUUCCACCUCCCAAUGGACGUUCCGGGGCGACCCCACAGGCUCGGAACCGGCUGUCGGACCUCUGCCCAUCACUAUGCGUCCCGCCGCUCCUGCCACACUUACCGCUCCUCCUGUCAGGCCCAGCGGAACGCAUCCGGCUCCAGGCUGCAGCAUGGUGCCUCGGCGGCGGCGCAGAGCCGUGGCAUGGCGGGCAACGGCCGGCAGGACGAUGGGAGUUGCUCUGGAGGCAGCUACCACACGGAGCGCAGCGGGUACCUGGCGGACGGGCCGGCCAGUGACUCCAGCUCGGGGCCUUGGCACGGUUCCUCCAGUGACUCUGUCCUGAACUGCACGGACGUGUCCCUGCAAGGUGUUUAUGGCAGCUGGUCCACCUUCCGCAGCUCUCUGAGCAGUGACUACGAUCCGUUCGGGUAUUUCGGGACGGGGCCGGCGGCCGGAGUGGGGAGUGGGCACGCCCCACGCAGGAACAGUCUGGAGGCCACGGCCCAGAACCGGCCUAAGUCUCUGGAUUCUGUUGUGAACAAAGCAGGCUGCCUGGAGGAGCAGCCGCAGACUGUUUUCAGCCACAUCCACUACCACCGCCACAGACAUCACCACUAUGAGGAGGGGGAGCACGGCCAGCGGCCGAGCAGGUGCUCAGAUGAGGAGCAAGGGGCCGCCGCCUCUGCUCCGGGUCAGGACAAAGACUCCCCGCCGUGCCCUCCAAAACACAGCCCCUGCCACUGCCCCAAGCCAGAGCCCACCGACCGACCCAGCCCGGGGACGGAGCGGCAGGACCUCGACCAAACGGGACCGCCGGUCAUUGUUCCCCCGAUCCCCCUGCAGCUGCAGCCCCACUGUUGCCACCAGGGCCACGGACACCCCCCCGCUCCUGUAGUGGGGGGCUGUCUACUUGACGGACCCUCCGUUCACUUUCACCAGAGCCUGGACCUGCAGGACGACCGCAGCAUCCACAUCCACUACGGCCAGAGCCCGGCCUACUGCUGCACGCCGCCCGAACUGCACCCGGCCCUGCUCCCCGUGCCCCUCAUCUUGGACUCGGCGGGGAUAGAGGAGUGGCCGUGCUGUGGGGGGGCCCACGUUGUCUGGCAGAGACAGGUGCAGCAGGCUCACUCAGAGCCUCAGCUUAUGGGGCCCGGGACCUCAAUGGACAGGCCCCCCUGCAGGUUCCACCAGGGGCCCUCUGCUGAGCGCAACACGGACAUUUGUUUAUACUGCCAAUCGAUACACCAUAAUCAGGGAUCAGAAGAGGAGUCUGGGGUGUAAGAAACUAUCUCGUCCCUUUCGCUGCCCAGGAGCCAGAACGGAAAAAGUUCUUACAAAAUCCACCAGUAACGCCUUCACUCAAGCAAAAGUCCCAGCUGCCUUAGGAGGACUCUCAUCCCCAAAUAGUGAAAUUAUCUUCAUUUUGUAAUAAAAAAACAAAAAAUACUAGAAUAUUUGAUAUAAUAUAUACUGCUCAA